UGCUUAGUGGGGCAUAGUGAGGUUGGUGCCUGAGGUUACAGUGUGAGUGAAGCGGGAUGGUGGAUGGUGCUGAGGUAAGCACUUUUGAGCUCGGCUCGUGACUCUUUAGCUGGAGCUCAUGACAAAAUUACACAGUAGCUCUGAAGGGUUUCAAGGCAAGCAGUGACUCGUUCAAGUAAGUGGGAUCUCGUGAGUUGUCCACCUGAGGAAAUUUUGUAUCUUUUGUGAGAAGCAUGAUAACAACCAAUUAAUCGAUCUGACUGAUGUACAAGCUCUUGAGGUAUAUGUGGCUGCACAGAUAAUUCUCUUGAAUAGGCGCCUAUUAAUGAAAACGCCUCUGUCUCAGGAGGUUCCAGAGCGCAAGACGUUGUAGAUUCCAAGCAGCGGGAGCAUCUCCAGGUUGCUAGGUCCACAGGGGUCACUAUAUGUUGAAGUGGCUCGAUGUACCAACCGCUGAUCGGUAAGUCAUAUUGAUUACAAGACUUGAUACAUUUUCAAUUCAAAGUUCGAUGACUACCUAUAGAGACUUGAAGGCCAUGCACUGCCACAUAUCAACAUCAUCAUAUUACCUGGCGAAUGGCUUACACCACAGACAGUCAAGAGACUCUUGUCUUGCAGGGGCUCAAGGCUGAGGUGGUUCGGGUUAUUUUGUCAGGCGCUUGGACCAACCCAAUGCCGCCAAAAAGAGCAACUUGUCCAUGAGAGGCCGAGAUGCAUUAACUUAAAGGUCCAGAAAAGGGGACCUCUAAUUACGUAUCCCGUACUUUCUGUUCUACUUCACUGACUAAACACAAGUUGCACUUGUUGCCACGACAUACGAUAAACGAGUUUAAUCCGUGUCCGGCACUUGACAGCCUAAACCGCCUCUUUUACAUCGUCCUCUCCUUUGUCCAGGCGCCAGUGCAAGACGAUACCUACCUCCCUAUCUAAACGAUCCAAGUCGCAGAACAGAACCAAUAGCAGCACAAGAUAAAUAGGAGCUUCGAAGCCGUCGCAAGUUGUUCAUCAUGGGAAACUCAAUGUCAUGGUUCUCCAACCUACUGUUUGCGAAAAAGGAGAUCAGAAUAUUGAUUCUCGGUCUGGAUAACGCUGGAAAGACAACAUUGCUGUACCGACUCAAGGUUGGCGAAGUUGUCACAACGAUACCUACAAUUGGCUUCAAUGUCGAAUCUGUCACAUAUAAGAACCUAAACUUUAACGUCUGGGAUCUCGGCGGCCAAACAAGCAUCCGACCUUACUGGCGGUGCUACUACGCCAACACAGCAGCUGUCAUCUUUGUUGUGGACUCGACCGAUAUCGAGCGAUUACACACCGCUUCAGAGGAGCUCUCGGCUAUGCUGAACGAGGAGGAACUAAAGGAUGCGGCCCUGCUGGUCUUUGCCAACAAGCAGGAUCAACCAGGAGCCAAGGGCGCAGGUGAGAUUUCAGAGGCAUUGCGUCUGGGUGAGCUCCGCGACCGCAACUGGAGUAUCAUGGCCUGCUCAGCGGUCGAUGGCAGCGGUGUGAAUGAGGGCAUGGAUUGGCUUGUGCAAACUGUCAACCAGGACUGAGCUCGAUGACGAUUUCUUCUUCAGCCCCGGUUUGGCAUUGUACAACAGACGAAAUGAAAUUAUAGUACCACUUCCCGGUUCCAUCACACCUUGGUAGACAGCGACCAUAAGGGACAAGGGAAAGAAACGGAUGGAGCAGAUAUCGGCGUCUUGGAAGAGAGAAGGUUUUUUCACUAAGAGAUGAAAGGAAUGAACAGCAUGGGCGCGUUUCUCGAGGGAGGAUAUAUGAUAGUAUAACUUUAUAAUGCUACAAUCCGGGUCCGAUUGAGUCCUGGCUAUGAUUCUCAUGGAUUUCUUGCAAGAUUUUAUUCGCGGGAUAUUUGAUCCUGAUACGAGGUGCGAACGAUGUGACGGCUAGUGACUGAGGUACGACAGUCUUUGUAGAGGAUACUAGUUACUAGAAUAGUUUGAUUCGGUGUCUUAGGAAGUGCCAGGUUCUUAAAAAGCUGAUACGAGUCGGACUCACACCAGAGCUAUCCUUCUGACCAGCUCAAAGAAAACUUCUCAUUUCGAACUACUGAUGAAUAUUCUACGUCAUUUCAUCUCCGAAAUAUCCUUCUUGCUGUGGAGUUUCCACUGAUAGCUACUUGCUAGAGAGUAGUGGUUCUGAAGAAUCGGAGUUGGUACUUGACGUGCCUGGGCAGCUCUAAGUGGUUCACCGAGGAGGUUUUCAACCUCAAUGUAUUGUUCCUGAGGGAGUGUCAGCACGAUGUUUUCGUCUGAAUAAGGAAAGUUGAUAACAUAUGGACCAUGGCUAUGGUGUGUUUGUAGGGAUGAGUUGAAA